AUGGCGGACUCAACAUACAUCAAGCCGGAGCCAUAUAUCAAGCCCGAUCCCGAAGCCAUACCUGCCGCUCCUGUCGACGACGAUGACCUAUACGAAGAUGCUGGCGAUCUGGAGUUCUUCGACCAGUUCGGUGAUCAAGGCUCCUUCGGCCAGGCAUAUCUAGCACGCGUUCCGAAGGACCUGUGGGAAGCAUGGGAUAGCUUGCCGGAUGACGCAGAAAUCGAGAUUGGCACCAUGCGACAGUGGGAUGUGGUCCGUCCAGAUGGCAGCGUUGAGCACCGUUUCAAAAUGUUACUCAAUUCCGACCGCGCCGAGCACCAGCUGAUGCCGAAAGAAUACGACUUAGAGAUGGGCAAGGAGAUCGCGCGCAGCACGUUCGUUUUCACCGAGGAGGACCUACCUGGCUUCAAGGCCAAAUCCAAGGCGCGAACAGAUGCUGCAAACGCUGGCAUUCCGGCUCGAUUCCUGAGACCCAAGACGGAGAAGGUAGAGAAGAAACCAUUCGAGAAGGGUCGCAAAUGGCAACCCUACUACCGCAAAGCGAUCCCAAAGAAGACAAAGAUUGCCGCUAGGAUCCAGUACGAGCUGGCGUGCAAGCCAGUCGAUAACGCGGAGAGCCAGGCAAUUCUUCAACGGAAGCAAGUCGAGGCUCAGCGGCCCAAGCAUACCCUGCAGAUCAUGGAACAGCGCGCAGCCAACAGCAUUAUCCACCAUGGCUCUGCAGCUGCGGUUGAGAAGUUUGGCUCCUUCAUUAAAACGUCUGCGCCUACCAAGGCCACCAAGCCGAAGAAAUCCGAAAACAGAUCCGCCCGCAUGUCGGAGGAACAACUGUUGGAUGGUCUCAUGGAGGCUUUCAGGAAGUACGAGUACUGGAAGAUGUCGAUCCUCAAGGCUAGAUUUGACCAGCCCGAGGCUUUCUUACGCCAGACAUUGGAAAAGAUAGCGGUACUUAACAGGUCCGGCAUUCACGCCAACGAGUGGUCGCUUCAGGAGCACUUGAAGAGCAUGGCGUCCGGCGCCACUAAUGAGACGGCACCGGAGGAAGCCGCCGCAGAGGACGACGAUGACGAAGUGGUUAUGGAGGAUGUUGUCUAG